AUGUCUUUCCUGAAGUCUCUUAGGAAAUAUCAGUUUGAAGCAGGGACUCCUGUUCUGGGGAAUGAUGAGCUGGAGAAGAACCUGGUGCAAGUGGAAAAGGUGGCCUAUAGUCAGGGACUUCCCCCAGAAGCAGUUUCUAUUAUGCUGGAGUUUGCCAUGAGCCUCCGUAUGGGGACUUCUCCAUGUGUCCGGGUGCUCAAGUGUCUGAUUCCUGCCUCUGUGGUGCCACAGGAGGCUGUUGUUCGAGCAGUGGUUUGGCUCAGCGUUGGCAAGAUGCCCAUCAGCACUCAAGUUCUUUUCAUAAAGUGGGUAUUGACUGUAUUUGAUAUGAUUGAUGCAAAGGACCAGCUACGAGCAAUUUAUGGCUUCAUCUUCAACUUUGUCACAGAUGAAAAUCUGUGUCCUUUCAUCUGCCAUCUCUUGUACCUUUUGACCCGAAAGGAAAGCGUGCGAGUCUUCAGAGUCAGGAAGCUACUGGAACUACAAUCUAAACUGGGAAGACAGUCUUUCCUCCUGCACCUACUGUCACUUUACAAAGUGUUUUGCCCUGAACUGGUGACACUCUCCAUUCCAUCACGGAUGAAGAGUGGGUUUAGGAACCACAUUUCUCCCUGGCAAUCAGCAUUGAUUGCUGUCCAGAAGAGGAACGGUUUGCAAGGCGCUUCCAGCAUGAGUCUGGUCACAAACAAGGAUAAAACCAACCCAAGAAAAAGGAAACACUGCCACCUGGAAUUUCCUGCUUUGAUUCCUGCACUGAACAAAGAAGCUCAGUCUGAGCAGUCCUCCAGCAGAAGGAUGGUCCCACUGGUGGAGCUCCACUCUUUUGCUCAGCUGUUGGAAAAUAUGCAUCGUAUAGAGCUGCCUGCUCAGAUGGGCUCGCUGCUGGGUUCCAGUCUGGCGCUGCAGUACCUGGACUGUGUGCAGGAUGAGUCUGCCCUCCUUCGCCUCAAUUUCUGGUUAGGCUACGCUUUUCACGAAGAGUUUUUAUUCUGUGGCGAUGGAGGACCCAGUCAGACUUCAGAAGAAGCUCUCCAGUUUUUGAACAAGUUGCUGUCUGCACAGCACUUUCUGCAGGAGGGCUUUUCCAGUUCAGAGGUUUUCCUCUAUAAAUUUCUGAAUGUUUGGGACGGCUCACUACUCCGUCCGCAGAUCCUCGGCCUGCUGAGCAACAUUCCGGUUGUUCCAAGUUCCCAGAUCAGAAGGCUUCUGUUUGAGCCUCUCAUGCAGCUUUUCUUCACAUCCUCAUUGUUUUUCAAGUGUGGACUGAUGGAGUGUCUUAACAAUAUGCUGUUGAAGUGGUUGACCUGGCACUCCAUUUAUGCUCUGGAAGACGACCUGGACAUCAGCCUCAACAGCCACACGUCCAUAAACAUGACUCUGUCUGGGUUUAAGGAUUCGGUGAUGGAGCUGAUUCACUUUGUGGGUCGACUGGCCUCUGUGGGCCUUCAGCUUGAAGGCUGUCACUGUCUCCUCCUCAGCUUCGUCCUGGACUUCUAUGAGACGGUUUGUGACACAUUUCUGAAGUAUGGCCUCCCUCUCAUAGUGAUGCCUCCAGCUGGAGUCUUUUACCCAGCCCUGUUUGCCACUGACCCCGUCAGCGUGGACCGACUGGCCUACAUCAUGCACAGGUACAAAGUGAACUUGACAUCAGCCAAGAGCCAAGAGAAAGUGACCGAGCAGGCCUUUCACAUCAGCCGCCAGACUUUCCGUGAGUUCAACCACUACGUCGUCGUCAUGGUCAACUGCCUGUGGAACUCCAGAAUGUUUCAUCCAGGGAUGGGCGUACAGCUGGGAGAGGAGCUGCUUCUCAAGAGUAACGUGCCACAGUACGGGUCGAGCUUCGACCUCGUCCACCAUCCCGCCUUCAUGAGCUACGCGGUCAACUUUCACCAGAAGUGUUGGCCGGGGAAAAAGGACAUGGACCUCAAUUCCAUAAAGCACUCCAAGCCAUGGAGUUGGUACCUGGAGUAUUUGUUCACUCAGGGCUAUGACGGCCUUAAACAUUUUGUUCAGAGUAACAUCAGCUGGCAGCUGAAAGCAGACGAUGGUCAGGUUGACGCACAGCGGAGGUAGAAGCUGAACCCGGCGGAGAAGGAAAAAAGCGCCAACUCGCUUCUUAUAUCCCCCCUUUUUAAAAAAGACUUGUACAUAUGUAUCCCCUCGCCUCUUCCAAGUGUGCGAGUAGUUUUUAUGUAAAUACAUUUAUCUGUCCUUAUUGUCUUGUACAUUUAACAAUGAUGGCAUAAUGUGUUUUUUUUCCCCUUGUACAGCUUGUCAGCUGCAAACCUAUUAAUUGCACUCUUGAAAAAUAAACAAGUGUAAGACUUUUCCUUUUUUAUGCAAAUAAAUAACACCUGUUGUUUCUAAAGAA